CAAUUUAAACCAACAGACACAGCUUACUGUUUUGGUAACAAGCGGCGUGAGCGAGCAAGUACGCCAAAAACGAUAGUAUUGUGUUUUUAAACGCCAUGAUCUGCAUUUAAGAUCAAACCGAGCGGUGAAGUAUAUCAAAAGACUACUUUGGAAAGUAGUCUGUUCUAACGUUUCCCGGUUUAGGAGCCGGGUUAACGCGUGAGCUCAAGGUGACUUAACGUUAGACUCGUUUUAAACGAACAGUUUAAAUGCCGUCCCGUGUUGAGGACUACGAAGUGUUGUACACGAUAGGCUCAGGCUCCUAUGGAAGAUGCCAGAAAAUAAAACGGAAAUCCGACGGAAAAAUCCUGGUGUGGAAGGAGCUGGACUACGGCACCAUGGAAGAGAGUGAAAAGCAGAUGCUGGUGUCAGAGGUGAACCUCCUGCGGGAGCUUAAGCACCCAAACAUAGUGCGAUAUUAUGACCGCAUCAUUGACCGCACUAACGCAACGCUGUACAUCGUCAUGGAGUACUGUGAGGGUGGGGACUUGUCCAGCCUCAUUGGCCGCUGCAUUAAAGAAAGGCGUUAUUUGGAGGAGCAGUUUGUCCUGAGAGUCAUGGCUCAGCUCUCGCUGGCCCUAAAGGAGUGCCACAGGCGCAGCGACGGCAGGGCCACAGUUCUUCAUCGGGACCUGAAACCAGCCAACAUCUUCCUCGACAGGAAACAGAAUGUUAAGAUUGGUGACUUUGGUCUGGCGAGGAUCUUGAAUCAUGACACCAGCUUUGCAAAGACAUUUGUUGGGACGCCUUACUACAUGUCCCCAGAGCAAAUGAACCAGUUGUCAUACAACGAGAAGUCAGAUAUUUGGUCACUUGGGUGUUUGCUGUAUGAGCUAUGUGCACUGUCGCCUCCGUUUACUGCUUACAACCAGAGGGAUCUGGCAGAGAAGAUCAGAGAGGGAAAGUUUAGAAGAAUUCCUUACCGCUUCUCUGAUAAACUGAAUAGUUUACUCAGCAAAAUGCUCGACCUGAAGGACUAUCUGAGGCCAUCUGUGGAGUCUAUUCUCCAGAGCAGCCUGUUGGCUGAUGUGGUUGCAGAGGAGCAAAGGAAGGUGGAGGUGCGGCCUCGGAGAAAAUCUGCAGGCUCUGACUGUCCCCUUCACAAGCCCGCUGAGCCACCUGCCGUCCCCACAGCUGCAGAGCUAAGGCUCAGGGAAGAGGCACUGAGGGACAGAGAGAAGGCACUGAAGGGACGUGAAGAGAGGCUGGAGAAAAGGGAACAGGAGCUGUGCGAUCGUGAACGUCUGUCACACGAGAGGCUUGCUAAGGCAGAGAGUUUACUGUUGAAUUACAACCGUCUGCAGCAGCAGCGGGACCUGGCACCUUUCUAUGGCAAAGACAUAGAUGUGGAGAGCCUCUCCCCUGGCAAGAAGAAGGUCCACUUUGCUGGUGAGAGCAAAGAGAACCAGCGGCCUGAUAGUCGUCAGAGUGCGAUGUCCCAGGAGCUGAUACUGAUGAGGCUGCAGGCGGCCAAUCUGCGCGCUCGGACACUGAGUGAUGUUGAAAAGGCCUGUCAAUUCAAGAGCAGACAGAUCCUCGGCAUCCGCUAAUCAUACAGGUGUCACCAUGAGUCUACCGUGUGAUCGCAGGCCAGGAGCUAUUAUAACUGGGUCUAAAUAAAGCUUUAUAUAUUGAGUGAGUAGCUGUUACAGUGAGUGAAGGCAAGGACAUAAGCCACUGUACUUUUGCUGUCAUGUUCUGAUUUGUAGAUGUUUUUAUAGGCAGCUUGUGAAAUACACUGUUUUUUAUGUGUGUGUGUGUAUAUAGGUUACUUGUUAGGUUUCCUUUUUGUUGUAAAGUGUGACGUGAUGAAGAACCAUGCUUGAACCUGUGAUAGACAUCAACAUGGAAACUAUGCAAAAUUAAAAAAAAAUGUUUUAUACAGAA